AUGGCCAUUGAUAGCCAGUUACCAUCUCCGAAUACAAAAAGAAAUUCUAAUCAGCUGCCAUUUCAUGAUGCAAAUCUUAAUGGAAGGCAGAGCUACGAUCACAAAAGUCUCAAAAAUUUCUAUAUGAUAAUAACCAGCAAAUAUGAGGUCACGACAAACCCUCAGAUCAAAAAUGAGGUCACGACUAACCCUCAGAUCAAAGAUGAGGUCACAACUAACCCUCAGAUCAAAGAUUGGGUCACGACUAACCCUCAGAUCAAAGAUGGGGUCACGACUAACCCUCAGAUCAAAGAUGGGGUCACAACUAACCCUCAGAUCAAAGAUGGGGUCACGAUUAACCCUCAGAUCAAAGAUGGGGUCACGACUAACCCUCAGAUCAAAGAUGGGGUCACGACUAACCCUCAGAUCAAAGAUGAGGUCACGACAAACCCUCAGAUCAAAGAUGGGGUCACGACUAACCCUCAGAUCAAAGAUGGGGUCACAACUACCCCUCAGAUCAAAGAUGGGGUCACAACUAACCCUCAGAUCAAAGAUGAGGUCGCAACUAACCCUCAGAUCAAAGAUGAGGUCACGACUAACCCUCAGAUCAAAGAUGGAGUCACGACUAACCCUCAGAUCAAAGAUGAGGUCACGACUAACCCUCAGAUCAAAGAUGAGGUCACGACAAACCCUCAGUUCAAAGAUGAGGUCACGACUAACCCUCAGAUCAAAGAUGAGGUCACGACAAACCCUCAGAUCAAAGAUGGGGUCACGACUAACCCUCAGAUCAAAGAUGGGGUCACAACUACCCCUCAGAUCAAAGAUGAGGUCACGACUAACCCUCAGAUCAAAGAUGAGGUCACGACAAACCCUCAGAUCAAAAAUGAGGUCACGUCUAACCCUCAGAUCAAAGAUGAGGUCACAACUAACCCUCAGAUCAAAGAUGAGGUCAAGACUAACCCUCAGAUCAAAGAUGAGGUCACGACAAACCCUCAGUUCAAAGAUGAGGUCACGACAAACCCUCAGAUCAUGGAAUGA